AUGGAGGGCCUUUUGCAAUCCCACAUUAUUCGCGGAUGCACGACUUCCCUGAUUUGGAAGUGCAUGGCGCCGCCGCAUCCCCCCCGCACACCCGCCGACAUACAGUUGUGGGUUGAACGUCAGUCAGCUUGGGCCGCAUUUCAGUCGCCUUUUCCAGCUCCAACUCAGGCCACUUUGGACAGACAACUCAACAAAUGCUUCUGGAAGCUCCGCCGGGAGCGGGCAGGCUUCCGGGGGGAGGUUCUGGACGAGCUGUCGUCCGAUGGCGAGAGUCGCAGUGACGGCAAGGAAGCAAUGUCCCCCUCAUUUGAGUUGCAUUCCCAUAUUCCAGUUGCGAUGCUUCAGGUCCACAUCCAGGCCCGGGAAGCCAAUCUUUGCCACACGCCCUGGUGCGGGGGACAAUUGACGGUGAUCGACGACGCCCUUGUCCGUUGGUCCUCUGCUAUUCAACAACGCAUCGUGGAGUGGACUAUCUCAGCGCUUGUCGGUACGCAGCCUGAAAGUCGAUUGUUCUUGACACCUAUUAUCCACGGGGCUGUCACGGACGAGGACUCUGCUGUCUCGCUCACCUCACUCUGCAAGCGGGUACCCGUCUGCGGCGCUGGCAACCUUGGUACUCAACCCGCACUCUCUGGCCACUGUCGACUCCAGGUUCUACCGCCAGCCGCACCAAAAGAGGUGCCCGUGCAGUCCCCCCUCCCCAGCACCAUCCAUUACCCCUUGUCCGGUCUUGGCAAACCUGCUUCAAACUCUAAAAAGGCGUCGGUCGUGUUCAAACCUUUCACAUUUGCAAACACUAUAUCGUACGCGUCUCGAGGAGUUGGUCAACAGUUGCAAGACGCGUGA